GGAGAAAUGGAAGAGACGCUUACAUUUGCAUUUACAAUAGUUACCUUCUCCCAUUAUAUAUAUAUACACAUACAAACAUACAUACAUACAUAUAUAUACACACAUAUAUACUUAUAUUUAUAUGUAUAUAUAUAGAAGAAUACAAUUCGAAAAUCGCGGGGUCCUCCGGGCGCCGCCGGUUACGGCCCGGCUCGGUGAGUUCGUCCGAAAGGGGGAAGCUUUUUCCGAUUGGUCGGUUGAGAGGAUGCUGCGUUGCCAGUUCGAGACGAUGCUUCGUAAUCCGUAGGAUAGCGGGGGACGGUAAAAUGAGCGGUAGCGACACGCCUCACGAUUGGCCGGUAUCGGCUGUGCCGCCUUUCGAGAACGCAAUGUCUCGGUAACCCCCACCAAUAGGUCCCUUGGAGUUACCCCCACUCCUUCGCUCGAACGACACGACGUUGCGCGGCGCAACGAGCAGCGGGCGUGCUCCUCGGCAGUUAGCAUUCGGGCGCCUAACGAGCUACAUAUCCUCGGUAGAAGGAAAAAGAGAAAGAGGGAGAGAGAGAGAUAGAGAGAAAGAAAGAAAGAAAGAAAGAGAAAGGGAAAGAAAGAGAGAGAGAGCGAGCCAAAAGCCGGACCGGCUCGUUGCGUCUUUUUUUUUUUUAAAUAACUACCACACACACACACACUUUUUACCGAGCUAACCAACCGACCAUAUACAACGACGCAACCGAGCCAAAAAGACUUCUUUCGUCGGCUUGUUCUUCUUUUUUGUUUUUUUUUUGUUUCGCAAGUUAAUUAUCAAAAUAUAUAAAUAUCUACGCACUUCCCCUCCCUGUUGCCGUCAAACGAGGAUCUCUUAGAUAAAGAGAGGAAAAGUAAUAACGAAGAAAGAAAAGUGUUGUUGCACUUCGUGUACGUGCGCUCCGAUCACCACCCCCCCGCCGGACAACCGACCGACCGACGACCGACCGCACGCACGUCCUCCCGCCAGCAACGGAGAAUCACGAAGAAGGAGAAAAAAAGGAAGAAUUAAUAGUUUAACCUCGAAUUAACAUAUCUACCGAAGGACGAUUCUUGGAGGUGGUAGAAUUUCAAUCAGAUUUCCGAAAGGACAUAAACUGAUAAGAAGAAACUCAUCGUGACAAUUUUAUCUCGAAAUCAUCAUCAUCAUCAUCAUUGACGAAACGUCUAUCUCAUCCAUUUUCUUCUUUUUUUCCUUUCCUUUUCACUUUUCUUUUCCUCUCAAAUUUUUUCCUAUCUUACUAAGUUAAUUACUUAUUUUUAAUAUACACGUCGCGUCGUCGCGCAAAAAACUUUUCGCGUACUUGACGUGUAGUGUUUUCGAUGUAAACGCUCAACGACGAGGCCUAACGUCGGAGUGUCAGUUUUUAUAUAUAUAUAUAUAUUUAUAUAUAUAUACAUACAUACAUAUAAUACAACAGAGACAUAUAUACACAUUUUUUCCUCUCUUCGUUUCUCUUGUGUCCUUUGAAGUUUUUCGUUCUGAGAACGAGAUUAACGCUUCGGUCUUUGUUUUUGCAUCAAAGAAAACAAAGAAGAGAAAGAAGAAAAAGGAGAGAAUAUUCUUUCUAUAUAUAAAAAAAAAGAAAAAUAAAAAAAAAUAAUAACAAUAAUAAAAAAUAAUAAUAAUAGUAACAAUAACAAAAAGACGAAGUAAAAAGAAGUGUUGAAGUCGAAGAAAGGAAAGAAGAUAGAAAAGGGGAAGAGAGAGACUGACGGAUACUUAGUGUUUUUGUGCAAAAAAAAAAGAAGAAAAAGAAAGGAGGGAAGGAAGGAAGAAAGAAAGAAAGAAAAAGAGAAGAAAAUUGAAGGAACAUGUCGACCGCCGUCAUGAGUACGCCCAUGUUCGAGUGCAACGAGGCUCUCUUUAAGAACACGAGCUCUGCGAAGAGCAAGGACACGGGUACAAACAAUGCAACGUCGGUAUCAUCGGCAAAUAACAACAAUGGCGCGAACGGAGGUCACGCGCCUUUACGUCGAAGCUAUACUUCGUUGGUGACGACAUUGAUCGAGCAACAUCGUAAACUCGACAGGAGCGCGAGUGAGCCAACGUCUCGUUACAAGACGGAACUUUGUCGACCGUUUGAGGAAAGCGGAGCCUGUAAAUAUGGGGACAAGUGUCAGUUCGCUCAUGGUUAUAGCGAGCUAAGAAACUUGGCUCGUCAUCCGAAAUAUAAGACAGAAUUGUGUCGUACCUUCCACACGAUUGGUUUCUGCCCGUACGGACCACGUUGCCAUUUUAUUCACAACUUCGAGGAGGCUCGUAUACACAAUCAGAAGGUGAGCGCACAGCUAGGCUCAUCGCAGCCCAACAUCAUGGGUUUGAAUCCGUUGUUGGGUGCCGCUGCGGCAGCCGCGGCAGCCGCAGCAGCGGCCGCGGCCGGUGGUAAUACCGCCGGCGUCACGGGUGGUAAUAGCAACGGGUGUAACACCAGUACCGCAGCAGUCGCGGCAGCAGCCGCAGCAGCAGCCGCAGCAGCCGGUGCUGCUACGAAUGCACCUAAUAACGCAACCGCCGCCGCAGCCGCCGCAAAUUCCGCCAAUCUUAGCGUUGGUCUGUUGGAACAGAUAGCUGCCGCAAGCUCGUCCCAAGUAGCUGCCGUAGCCGCAGCAGCAGCAGCUGCCAAUUCACCGCCGAAUCUAAUGAGAACGAAUUCUCUUAGUUUGGCCGCGAGCACGGCCAAUGCUGCCUUUACUCCGCCGCCUUUGCUCCGAACAAAUUCUCUUAGCCUUGCCUCAAGUCAUCAUCACCAUCAACAACAUCACCAUCAACAUCAGCAUCAUCAACAUCAGCAUCACCAUCAUCAUCAUCACCAUCGUCAAACAGCGGGUGGUGCAAACGGUGCUGCUGGUGGGAGUUCUAUCGUUGGAGCUACCAGGCCAAAACCACUCAACCUUAGUCCGACAUUUUCCCUCGGUAGCACGGCAGACUCCGUCUCGCCGUCAUCGAGUCUCAGCCAAUCUCCCACAAAUUCAAUGGCAAGUUUCUUCAGCGACGACUCGACGCAGCAACCUAACGUAACCAACAAUCUACCGACAACACCUUUUAGCUUCGGUCAGGAUUUUGGGAUUCUCGCAACACGACAAACACCAAGUCCACGUACGAAUGUUUGCAGUCCACUCGGUUCCGACGAGAUCACCACACCAAGAACACCCUCACCGUUAUCGCCUAACGCUGAGUCAAGGUUGCCUGUAUUCAACAGGAUCAGCAGCACCUUAGGUGACUUCGACAACCUUAAGAUCUAAACUCCCUUCUGCCGCUGUGUUUCUUUGCGCGAUCGAAAGAAAGACAAGAACAACAAUAACAAUAACAACUGCAACAACAACAACAACAAUAAUAACACGCGUGUUUCGCGUUGAAAACGUGUGCCGAUCGAAAAUUCAAUCUUUUUUUUUUGAGAUAUGAAUAUGAAAAUGAAAAUAUUCGUUUUUUUUUUUUUUAUUUUUUUUUUCUUCUCUUCCGAUAUAGACGGAGCGAUCGCUUCUCUCUCCUCCGUCGUUAUUUCGCUUCUUAUUUAAAGCAUUCUUCCUCUUCUUAUUUUUCUUCUUUUUAAUUCUUUUUCUCUCUUUUAACGACGCACCUUCGUGCAUUUUGCUAUAGUUCUUGAACCAUCGUCUUUUGUGUUUUUCUUAAACUUUUUGUCUUUUUUUUUUAAUCAUUAUCCUCUAUUAUUAUUAUUAAUAUUAAUAUUAUUAUUAUUAUUAUUAUUAACUAUUUUAAAUAAUAUUCUUAUUAUAUUAUA